CUUGACCCUUGUGACAGCUAAAAAUGUAAACAGUGGCUUCAAAAUGUUUCGCUUGUUUUCUAUUUGUAUUUCUCUGUUUAUUAUUUAAAAAGAUAUAAUUUAUUUCAAAGAAAAACAGCAACUGCAUGAUGGCUGCAGCAGCGCGACUCAUUCCUGUGCGCAUUUUGACUUCAUUGGACAAAAUACCUCCUUCACUUAGAAGAAAUAUACAGCGUUUGACAUAUUCCGUUAAAAAAGUUCACUGUCAGCAUCAUGUGCGACGCCAAUUUCACAGGAGUGCAGUGUUAGUGUCGAGCCAGGGACCAUCUGCUCCAUCUGGUCCUGGUGGUGGAGAUGGGAAGGACAAAGAUGGUGAUAAGGGGAAGCACGUUGAUGGCAGUGACAUAGCGGGAAUUGGACUGCAAGGUGCCGGUGGGGAUAAUGCUGUUGACAGUGGAACAAACAAUGAUGACAAAAUGGCUGAUAUGAACAGCACAGAAAGCACAGACAUCAGUGAACCAACACCUCCCAAGACUGGAAUGGACCUACCAGGGGAAAUGUUACGAGUUGUAAACUGUUCUAAAUGUGGCGCUGCCAUUAAAAACAUUGUUCCUGUUGAUGAGAAAUAUCAAGCGAGGUUUGUUAAGUGUCCGAACUGCCAGCAGCACACCAUUAUCCCUGAGAACAUCUUGAAGCCGAGCCACCUCCAUGCACCGCCAAAACCCAAAGAGAAGGAGCUGCCCACCCCAAAACAGAUCAAACACUUCUUGGACCAGCAUGUGGUUGGGCAGGAGCAUGCCAAGGAGCGCCUUGCAGUGGCCGUGUACAACCACUACAAGACUGUCAGGCAUAACCUCAGAAAUAAGGAAGACCAGACACAGUCCCUGAAGAAAUACACACCAAAAUCCGAGAUUUCAUCUCUCCUUGGUUUGCCUUCCAACUUCGUGGGUGACGCGCGUGCAUCAGGUCGGUCGUGGGAUCGAGAACAAGUGGAUGAUGACGGGGAGGAGGAGGAGGUUGUGCUGGGGAAAAGCAACAUCCUCAUGCUGGGACCCACUGGCUCAGGUAAAACCCUGCUUGUGCAGACUAUAGCGAGCAUCUUGGAGGUCCCAUUUGCCAGCUGUGACUGCACCAGUAUGACAUCGGCGGGGUAUGUUGGUGAUGAUGUGGAAUCUGUGAUUGCAAAGCUGCUUCAAAAUGCCGGGGGCAAUGUAGACAAGUGUGAAAAAGGUAUCAUAUUUCUGGACGAGAUUGACAAAAUCAGUCGUAAGAGCAGCGCAGGCAGCAUCUUUGCAAGCAACAAGGACAUCGGAGGGGAGGGAGUUCAGCAGGCCAUGCUGAAGAUGCUAGAGGGCACUGUGGUCAAGAUUGCUGAGAAAAAGAACAAGCCUAGCUACAGCUCUGAGAGCCAGACUGAUGUAGAUACAUCUAAUAUCUUGUUCAUCGCAGCUGGGGCUUUCAAUGGACUUGAGAAAGUUGUCAAAAAGAGAAAAAAUGUCAAAGUACUGGGUUUUGGUUCACCUGUGGAAAGCGAAGAAAGGGUGAAAAAUGCUGCCUUUGAUGUGUAUGCGGACAAACCUUCAACUAGGGAGCAGAAUGCAGAGCGAGACCGGCUGCUGCAGGAGGUGGAGGACACAGACCUGAUUGACUUUGGUCUCAUCCCAGAGUUUGUUGGACGAAUCCCAGUUGUCGUGCCACUACAUUCCCUUAAUGAGGAGAUGCUGGUCCGCAUCCUCACCGAGCCCCAGAACGCCCUCAUCAAGCAGUACCAGCAGCUGUUCAAGAUGGAUGAGGUACAGAUAGAGUUUACAGAGGAAGCGUUGAGGGCAAUCGCUCAUGUUGCAAUGGAAAAGCAGACAGGUGCUCGCGGUCUCCGUGCUGUUGUGGACAAAUGUCAGCUCAUGGCGGGUUUUGAGGUGCCAGGCUCUGAUGUCAAGACAGUCAUCAUCACUGAAGAUGUGGUGAGGAAAAAUAAGCCUGCUGUCUAUGUGAAGGAGGGAAAGCAGAAAUUUCAGCAUGGAUGAGAAUCCGUAACUUGUCAAAAGACACAUUAUACUAAGUCUUAUAAAGCAUAUGUUACUGUGGACAUCAAAAUAGAACUGAAAGCUUUUCCAAAUAUGAUAUUAAAGUCUUCAUUAUCUGUAUAAAUUUUAUUUUUAGUGAACAAUUUUGUGAUAUUGAAGUUCAUUUAUGCAAUGCUUUACUAAAGGUUUUUUUGUAAAUCUAGAUAUGGAAAAGUGAAUAUUUCAGGUACAAGACUGUAAGAGUGCAGGAGAUUUGUACUGUCAUCUGGGGUUUCAUUAGUUCUUAUCCAAUUCUAACAUAAACUUGGCGAAAAAUGUUUAAGGGCAAUUUAGUACCAUGCCAUAUAACCUUGAACCAAAUUGACAUGGUCCACUUUUCUUAUUACAUAAGGUUUAGCAUAAUUUUAUGAUCACCUAACUUGCUAUGCAUGUACAGGUUUCAUAGAAAGAGAUUGCUAUCCAGAAUUGUGAUAAUGACAACAAUUUACCUAAUAUUUGCUCUCUUGAUUUAAGUUUAGCAAUGAUACCGAAACUUGGUGAUAGAUUUUAAAGACAAUAUAUCGCAUGGGUGGUGUACUGAAGAUACAGCCACAUUUUGCCCAGGUUGACCGCUAUUUAAGUUGAUAACCAGCUACAAGUAUUUCCCAAUACUCACACCUUAGUAUUUUUUUGUAUUUUUUGUAUUGUAUAAUGAUAAACUAGUCCUCCUAUUUCAUUGAAAAAUAAAGGUAUGUCGAGGUAAUAUUGCUUUUAAGAUUGAACUUCUUUUUGAUUCAUGAAAAUUGAGCAUUCUGAAGCAUUUCUUUUCUUCCUGGAAAAUGAAGGUGACCAGACUUAUUCAUUUAAGAUGUUUUAAGAGUGUACUUCUGUUUUAUUAAGCCUUGUGUUUAAGAAUAAAUAUAAAUGUUUAAAGGAAAGGAAUGCUUUCUUAUAAGUUGUUUGAAUAUUGUUAAACAACUGUGUAUUUAUUUGACUGGCUAACUUGUAUUUUCUGAAUAAAAUCUACCCGUAUUGAAACUGU